AUGGUCAUGUUCUGCACACCUGGGCAGCUGGAAUAUGUUCAGGACAAUGCGACGGAGAGAGGAGCUGAUGGGAAAAUCCUCUCUCUGCUCAUUGUCCCGCUUGGGCUGGUGGGGAACUGCACGGUCGUGUGGCUGCUGGGCUUCCACAUCCCGAGGACCCCCUUCUCUGUCUACAUCCUCAACCUGGCGGCGGCCGACGCCCUCUUCCUGUGUGUCGCCCUUCUUGAAUUCAUAGAUAAAUUUCACAGCUAUCUGUCUGGUGAGUCAACGUUCUGCAUGAUGCUCUCCCUGGAGUCCACAUGGUGCCGAGGCCACCGCCCCAAGCACAUGUCGGCCGCGGUCUGCGCCGGCCUCUGGGCUCUGGCCGGACUGUUACGGGCAAUUUUGAACUUGAAACCUUAUCCUGAAGUCGUUUUAAAUAUCCGCGCCGCGUAUUUUUUCCUCCUCACCUGUAUCAUGUUCGUGUCCAGCCUGACCUUCCUGGUGAAGAUCCAGUGCUUCUCCCAGGUCCGGCGGCCCCCCAGGCUCUACCUCCCGGUGCUGCUCACGGUCCUUGUGUUCCUGCUCUUCGGUCUGCCCCCAGAGAUCUUGUCUUUCCUGGCCUUUCUCUUCUGCAUGGGUCCCAUCCCUUAUUGGAUCCAUCCCUUCCUGGCCUGUAUAAACAGCAGCGUGAAUCCCCUCAUUUACUUCUUCCUGGGCAAAGACAUGCAAAGAGGGAGCCCCUCAGGGUGA